AUGGCUGGCCUCUUGGCCCUUGUCCAGGGCUUGCUGUCGCAUGUCCAGCAGCAGCACCUGGUCGUUCUCGCCGUAACACUCACCGUUGUGUGCGUCUCCACACGGGUUCUGAGUGGCAACAAUGCUCGCCCUGGCAACAACUCCCACAACGGGGAAGCUAAAGUAGCACCUGCGGUCCCUUACUGGAUCCCCUAUCUGGGCCACAUCCCCCAGAUGGCCCUCAACUCCGAGGGCUUCCUCGCAGGCCUUCGGAAGCUUUAUCCCGGAGGUGCUUUCUCGCUCAACUUCCUCGGCGGCGUGCACACGGUCAUAUUCAAGCCUGGACUCACGGCAUCCCUGAUCAAUCAACCGGUGAACAUUGCUGACGGCUAUGAAUCGUCGAAGCACCUGAUGAAAGCCAACUUUGGCUGGCCGAGAAAUAAGGCGAGCUUGGAGUUGUACGACAAGAUGAUCGAUGACCUUAUUGUGCUCUACAAAAAGCUGAACUCCGAGCCGAACCUCAGUCAGAUGGUCGACAGGACCGUACAGCGGCUACGACACAAUAUUGCUGAUUUCGUCACGUUCAACGAGAGCGAGAUAGACCAAACCGAUUGGGAGAAAUCUGCGGAUGCCGAGACGGUUCGGGACAAGACGGGAGAGCAGGUCGUCGAGGCCGACUUGUACGAUCUCGUGCGCAACUUCAUCGCCAUGACAGCCAACGUCUCGCUCUUCGGCACAGACUUUGUCGAGAACUACCCACGGUUCUGGCAGCACUUGUGGAGGUUUGACGAGGGGUUUAUGGCCCUCGCGGCGGACCUCCCGGCCUGGCUGCCCAUCUCAAAGGCAAUUGCUGCUCGCCGGGCGCGGUCUGAAGCCAUGGUGUGCCUCCGCGCGUUCCACACAGCGCUCGAGUCGGAUCGUGAGGGCAAAAAGCCCACACCUGAGUGGGCCGAUAUCGACAACGUCAGCCCACUCAUCCAGAGCCGUGUGGACGACGUCUAUCGCAAACACAAUUUGACCAUUGAGCAACGAGCUUCCUGCGAGUUCGGACUGGCAUGGGCCAUGAACGCGAACUCCAACCCGUUCGUAUUCUGGUUGCUUUGGCGCAUCAACUCAGAUGCCGUCCUGCUCGCCCGGAUCAGGGAUGAGAUAGCACCAUACAUCGUCAUCGAGAAGCCAGCACACGGGUUUGGCUCUGCAUUCAAAGCAGCAUUGAGGAUCGAGAGCAUUGACGUGGAGGGGCUGGUCAACAACUGCCCCCUCCUCAAAGCAGCCUACAUCGAGAGUCUGCGGGUCGAUGUCAGCGCGUGGAGCUUCAAGGUGAUCCGAGAGGACGCCAUCAUCAGCGACAAGGAUGGAUCCUCGGAGAAGUUCCUGCUGCCAAAAGGAACGUACGCCCAUGGAGCCCACGGGCUGAACCACAUGAACCCCAAUGUCUUCGAAGAACCGAAGGAGUGGUAUAUUGAAAGGCAUAUCAAGUGGGACACUCCGAACGAGAAGGGAGAGAAGCGGCCCGUUGGCGCCGAUAUGGGCGUCGUGAGGCCUUUUGGUGGUGGAGUAAGCAUGUGCAAAGGUCGGCAGUUUGCUGUCAAGGAAAUCUUGACUUUCACUGCGGCUAUUCUUGCCAUAUACGACAUUCAACCAGUUGGCGGAGGGCCCUGGAAGCUACCAAAGCAAAGCAAUGGUGCUGGUACAAAGCGGCCAGCGUCAUCGACGCGCGUCUGGAUCAAGUCUCGAGCGAUGCCUUAA